AUGGACUUUGGGCCGGUUUUUGCGCUGAUCUUUGGAGGGUGCUGCAGCAAUGCGUGGACACUGGAGAGAUCGAUGCAGCAAUUGCCCACCAGUGGGACGCUCAUGACGUUUGUCCAGUUUGUCGCGACCGCACUUGUGGCACUCCCGGGCGAGCUGACGUGGCGCAGGUGGCACGGCGUUCCGAUUGUCUGGCUCAAGACGCCGCAAAUACCGAUUCGCCGGUGGCUCGUCCAGGUCGUGCUGUACAGUACCACGAGUAUCCUGAACAAUACCGCGUUUGCCUUCACGAUUCCCAUGUCUGUACAUAUCGUAUUUCGCAGCGGGGGCAUGGUGGUGAAUAUGGUGCUGGGGUGGGCCAUUGCAGGCAGGCGGUACAAUUUCAUGCAAAUAAUCAGCGUCGCGCUCGUCAGCGCCGGCGUCCUCGCAGCGACGCUCGCCGCUGCGGCGCCGUCCAAGGCGGAGGACACGAAUACAGGCCGGUACGCCAUGGGUGUUUUUCUCCUCAGUCUCGCACUGCUCUCUUCCGGCGUGAUGGGCAUCUUCCAGGAGCGCACGUAUGCGCGUUACGGACACCAGCACUGGCACGAGGCGCUCUUUUACACGCACCUCUUCUCGCUCCCUCUUUUCCUGCUAAACCCCGGUGCCAUUCGUCAGCAAUUCAAGGACGCUAACAUGACUCCCAAGCAUUGGAUCGGCUACCAUGGUGUGGGUGCAUUUGUCCCAUCGUAUUAUACUAUGCUUACGCUCAACGUGCUCACGCAGCUGCUGUGUAUCAACGGCGUGAACCGACUUACUGCUAGCGUCUCGAGUUUAAGUGUAUCGCUCGUGCUCGUCGUGCGCAAAGCAGUCAGUCUCGUCAUCUCUGUAGUCAUUUUGAACGGUGACGGGGGAAAUUUCACGCUUUGGGCUGGCUCGACGGCGGUGAUGGUUGGGACGCUGGGCUAUACCUACGGCGGACUGCGCGAAGCUUCAAAAGAAGGCAAGGAAAGAGUAGUGCGCGAUGCUUCAAAAGAAGGUAAGGAAGAGUAG